UGCUCGGAACACCGGCGGGCGGUGGGGGCUGGUUUGAUGUUGGCCGUCGCUCUCGAGAGGCCCCGGAGGCGGGGCUCUGCCGGCUGCCACAGAGCGGCAGGGCAGAAUGUACUGAUAUCCAGGCUGUUUAGUAGAUAAGCCAGAUACUGUGUUGCCAUAGACCUUGGCCCACAUUAAAUGGAAAUUCAUCUAACUUGGGUCCCUGAAACAUUUUAGACACCAGUGUUUGAUUCCAUUCACCCAAGAUUACUGUAGUAGUUCAAAAGCUUGUCAUCUGUGCAGAAUAGUCACACGGCAAAAAUGUUCGCAAAAUUAAAGAAGAAAAUUGCAGAAGAAACUGCUGUAGCUCAGAGGCCAGGAGGUACUACUAGGAUCCCACGGUCCGUGAGCAAGGAAUCUGUGGCGUCUAUGGGAGCUGACUCAGGAGAUGACUUUGCUUCUGAUGGAAGUAGCUCUAGAGAGGAUCUUUCGUCCCAACUUUUGAGAAGAAAUGAACAAAUACGGAAGUUGGAGGCCAGACUUUCUGACUAUGCUGAACAGGUCCGAAACUUGCAGAAGAUAAAAGAGAAGCUUGAAAUUGCAUUAGAAAAGCACCAGGAUUCUUCCAUGCGGAAAUUUCAAGAACAGAAUGAGACAUUCCAAGCCAACAGAGCUAAAAUGGCAGAAGGAUUGGCUUCAGCAUUAGCCAGAAAGGACCAGGAAUGGUCAGAAAAACUGGAUCAGCUAGAAAAGGAGAAAAGAUUCUUGACAGCUCAGUUACAGGAAAUAGAGAACCAAAGUUUGAAUCUUUUCCAAAGGAGAGAUGAAAUUGAUGAACUAGAAGGAUUCCAGCAACAGGAACUAAGUAAAGUAAAGCACAUGCUGUUAAAAAAAGAAGAAAGUCUGGGGAACAUGCAGCAAGAAUUGGAGGCACGGACCAGAGAACUUAGUCGAACCCAGGAAGAAUUGAUAACCUCUAAUCAGUUGUCAUCAGACUUAAAACAGAAGCUAGAAGAGCUGCAGAGACGCUGCUCAACGCUGGAAGAGCAGAGGAAUCAUGUGACAGCUGCAAAAACCAGUGCAGAAAAUAAGAUCACAGCCUUGGAACAAAAGGAACAAGAACUCCAAACAUUCAUUCAGCAACUAUCCAUUGACUUGCAAAAGGUCACUGCUGAAAUGAAGGAGAAAGAAAAACUCAUCACGCAUUUGCAAGAGAAGGUUGCAUCCCUCGAGAAGAGACUGGAACAGAACUUAUCAGGAGAAGAGUACAUGCAAGAACUCCUGAAGGAGAAAACAGUUGCUGAGCGGAAUUUGGAGGAUGCCAGACAGCAGCUGGUGGCAGCCAGAAGCGGCCAGGCCCAGACCAUCAGUGUCCUGGAGACUCGGGUGGAGGAGCUGGAGCAGAGCCUGCAGGCCUCUGAGGAGCGGCUCAGGCAGAGCAGCCACCUCGUAGCCACCCAGGAGGCACAGAUCCAGCAGCUCGUGAGUGCUGCCAUGCCUCAUACCUGUGCGGAAGCCUGCAGCAGUAGUGAACUGGAGCGAGAACAUGCUGCCCUGCAGGACACCAGGAAUGAGUGUGAACGUUCCUUACAGCAUCAUCAGCUAGAACUAAAGAAGCUAAAGGAAGAAUGGAGCCAGAGAGAAAUUGUGAGUGUGGCCAUGGCGCAGGCCCUGGAGGAGGUGCGCAAGCAGAGGGAAGAGUUCCAGCACCAGGCUGCUGAGCUAAUGGCUACAAUUGAUGAGAAGGAGCAGAUUCUGCAGGAAAAGGCCGAGGCGCUUCUCCAGAAGGAACAGGAGAUCCUCCAGUUGAAGAAAGGUCAGGAUGCCACCCUGCUGCAGAUGCACCAGCUUCAGGGUGAGCUGGAGGCCCUGAGGCACCUCAGGGCCCAGGAGACUGCCCCAGAGGAGGUACAGGAGGACCUGCUGAGGCUACAGGACCCAGAGCGACACGUCACUGUGAAGGCUGCACAAGACCCUGUGUACCAGCUUCCCCUUGCAGAAGGAACACCAAAUGGUGAGGUGGGGGCCAUGGACCCAGGACAGCUACAGAAGGAGAAACAAGACUUGGAGCAGCAGCUUACAGAGAAAAAUAAGACCAUAAAGCAGAUGCAGCAGAGGAUGCUGGAGCUCAGGAAGACGCUGCAGAGGGAGCUGAAAAUCAAACCUGACAAUGAGCUCUUUGAAGUCCGAGAGAAGCCAGGCCCUGAAAUGCCAAACAUGGCUCCUUCUGUCACAAAUAAUGCUGAACUGACAGAUGCUCGAGAGAUCAACUUUGAGUACCUGAAGCAUGUUGUUUUAAAAUUCAUGUCCUGUCGAGAAUCUGAGGCUUUUCAUCUGAUCAAAGCUGUGUCAGUGUUGCUGAACUUUUCUCAAGAGGAAGAGAAUAUGCUCAAAGAAACCCUGGAAUAUAAGAUGUCUUGGUUUGGCUCCAAACCAGCUCCCAAAGGCAGCAUCCGGCCAUCUAUCUCAAACCCUCGGAUACCGUGGUCCUAGAGGAACCAGCCAGGGAUGAGCUCCAUGCUUUGACACCUUUUUCUGUGAAAAGAACACUGACACACCAGUCUGGCUUAGUCCUGCCUCCCGAGCAUCACAGUGUUUCUGCAGUGAGCUGGGGAACUGGAAGUCUGCGGACCUCCACAGCCUGCAAGACCCCGGAGGGCUUCAGGAGGGCAAAUGAGAUCCUUGCCUUUGCUAUGUGUUUCUGGAGUUCGUCAAAGAAACUUAUGAGGACACAGCUAAGAGAAUUCCUCCAGAGAGCAGACCCAGCCUCAGGAGACAGAGACUCUAGCUCGCGCUAAAACUGUACGGGUAAUCACACAAACUGAAGACUGUUAAAGCCUCAAUCAAUUAUUAAAUGUUUGGCACUUUAUUAAAUUAAAUAAGCUCCAAAGUUACAUACAAAUCAAAGGAGUAAGAAACAAUAAAUAGUAUUCAGCAAAACACUUCUCCAUGGCAGCUGGCAGCAGGGUGACCGAGGCCCAUGGGACUGCUGUGGCAUGAGGCCCAGAGACUGCCAUGCUCACUCUGUGCAGGGACACGUCCACCCCCACAUCACGCUUCCAGAACAGCCGAACCCUUCACUCGUUACCAUCCCAUCGUUACCACUUUUUACAUACAGGAAACACACCGCAAUGGAUAGACUAAUAAGCCAAGAGCUUUAUUGAUGCAGCAGGCACUUUACAACAAACCCAAGAGUCUGCCUUCUCUGGGAAGACAAGUAUCUGUACAAACUCUCAGGUUUUCCCACGUCUGAAAACAAGUUCUCCCUUUCACCACAGCCCUUGGAUCUGCACCUGCCCAAAUCAUGCCGCCCCCUUUCCAACAGGUAGUACACAUGGUGACACCUGACCGACACCAGCCAGCCGCUCUGCAGAUGACCAAGGGUCAGUUCUACAAAACUCUAGGCAGCGGCACUCAGAUCCUGCAAAGGAUUUAGGAAACAGUGAUUCUCCCUCCACCUCGAAAAUGAAAUGCAUUUCAGCAGAUAUGUGUCCUGAA